GAUAUUUAAUGGUUGGCAGCAAUAUAUGUGUGUAUACUAACACAUACACACAUACCUCUGUUUAUAUGCAUGUUAAAUGCUGUAAGAGAAAAGGAGAGAGACCCGAGAGGGAUUGCGUCGGGGAUAUCGAAAUCAAUAAGGGAAACCUAGGCUUUCCGAAGGGAUUACACAUGUGGAUAACGAGCGAGGAAAGUAAAACAUAGCAAGAAACAAAACAAAUACAUAGAUCAUGGUUGACAACGCGAGUGUAGUGACUAAAGCAACACUGCAAGGCUUGGUGGCCUCUAAUGGACUCAGCCUGAUCUCUUCUGGAAGUGCACAGUGCCAGGCUCCCCACGGCAUGAAGCUGGAAGCGGUGAUGGAAAACCUGCAGAGGCAGCAGCAGGCCAGGCUGGAGAUGGAAGAGAGGCAGAGGAAAGAGAGGGAGCGAGAUGCAAGACGAACCGGCGGCGACACCCAGAGCCAGCAGCAACAGCAGCAGCAGCAGGCGAUGACCGCAGCUGUCCACCAGCAGCUGGCGGCAGCCCAGCAAGCAGCCGCCCUGGCAGCGGUCCGAGCCGCGGCUAUGGCUGGUCUAGGCGACGCGGGGCUCGGGUCGAGCGGGGCCACCCGGCCGCUCCUCACAGCGGAGCGCCGCCGCCGCCGCGUCCCGUCCGGACUGUCCGAAUCCGAGGAGGAAGAGGAGGAGGAGGAGGAGCUGGAACGCGACCCGGAGCCCGGGGAGGACGAGGAAGAGCUGCCAGAAGAAGGGAACGAGGAGGAGGAGGAAGAGGAGGAGGAAGAGGAAGAGGAGGAAGGGAUGGAAGACGAUCAGAUCCAUCGUGCUCCCGGGGUGCCAACUCCCGGGCACACUCUGAAAGGGACCCCAGUGCAGCUCUCCAGAUUCGGACAACACCACUACCACCUCCCCGGCCAGUCUCACUCUCCAGUCGGGAUCCCCCAGCAGGCACAGUCCCAGCAGCAGGAGUGGACCUACGAGGAACAGUUCAAACAGCUAUAUGAGCUGGAUGAUGAUCCGAAGAGGAAGGAAUUUCUGGAUGACCUAUUCAGUUUCAUGCAAAAAAGGGGGACUCCAGUGAAUCGGAUUCCCAUCAUGGCCAAGCAGGUGUUAGAUCUAUACAGUCUGUACAAGCUUGUCACUGAAAAAGGCGGCUUAGUGGAAGUUAUCAAUAAGAAGAUCUGGCGCGAAAUCACCAAAGGCCUCAACCUCCCUACCUCUAUUACCAGUGCUGCUUUCACCUUGAGAACCCAAUACAUGAAGUACCUAUAUCCAUAUGAAUGUGAAAAGCGAGGCCUGAGCUCACCUGGAGAGCUCCAGGCAGCUAUUGAUAGUAACAGACGAGAGGGCCGAAGGCAAAGUUAUGGAUCUACAUUGUUUAACUACUCCCCUGUGGGGACGCCAACUAUCUUAUCCUCUCCUAAGAUACAGAUGCCCACCAUAGCUAUAUCCACUCAUAAUGGCGGCCAUAUUAGCCAUGGACAUUCUAUAAAAAAAGAAGAUUCUGCACUGUCAACAGCAGGGCACAACCGAAUGGCAAUCCCGCUCAGCAUCGCCGGCCAUCACGUCAGCACCACCCAGGCAGUCGCAGCUCAGGCCACUGCAUCACAGAUGGCAGCAGCGCAGGCAGUGGCUCUGGACCAGCUCCGAGAGAAGCUGGAUUCAGGAGAGCCACCGGAGAAAAAGAAGUUGGCCAUGGCAGAGGAACAGCAGCGGCUCAUGCAGCAAGCACUGCAGCAAAACCUGCUGGCCAUGGCAACACAGAUUCCCAUGAACAUUAAAAUCAAUAGCAGAGCAGAUGACAGACAAGAAACUGCAUUGAACCUGUCUACAAAUGGCAUUAGCAGCAUCAACAUGUCAAUAGAAAUAAAUGGAGUUGUCUACACAGGCGUUCUGUUCGCACGAAGGCCAGUCAUUCCUGUGAUGUCUGGCAGCAACGGGAACAGCAGCAGUUCUCAGGGCAUGUCUAGUCCAGCAAUAGCACCACAAGCCCAGCCUUCUUCUUCCUCAUCUCAUAGUCACACUCCAACCAGUUCUGCACCUUGAAUCCUCGCCUACAGACAGGAGACCACAUGAGACAGUCCCCGAAGACUCUGGUGUUUUUUUGAGAGUGUGUUUUUUUGCAAGGAAAGUUUGCAACAAGGAUAUUGAUAACUUUGCAGGUGAAGUGAUGGAAACAAACUCAAUCAUGCAUGAGGGUCACAUUUACUAUAUUGUACAGUUAAUCACUGUUGGACUGAACUCCACUUAAUUUUAUGUAAAAAAAAACAAAAUCAGUGAUUUUAACUUGCGUAAAUUUGUUGCUUUCUGUAAGUGAGUCAACACUUAUAUUUUUAGAUGGACAUCCACCCAACCAUAGACUCUUCAAUGAAGAUGGCGAUGAGAUUGUGGAUGACCAUUUUGGUUGGACGCACUUGUCCAUGUAAAACUAGUUUUUGUUGUAUUCUGCAGAGGGGUUCGAUUUUUGGAAGAUUUAUUAGGUGAGGCCAAAAAGAAGAGGAUAAAAGGAGAUAUGGAUUAAUUACAUUUACAUCUUAAUAAUGCUUCAUGAUCUAAGGGAAUUGAUUACUUUGUUUUAACAAUCGGUUGUUUCAGGAAAAAGAACUAGUACCAUAUACUGUAACUCAGCUUUUACCAAAGAGAGAAAUAGUUUAUCAGGAUAUAUGGCAUCAUAUCACAGGGCUGAAUACAACUAUAAGAUAAACAUAAAUGUAAGAAUGAACACAUUGCAAUAUUGAAGAAAGGGAACAGUUUUUAGAAAGGUGUGUGAGCAAAAGAGAAUCAUUAAAGGAAGGUGCUUCUUCGUAAGGCCACAAAGAGUGAAAACAGCUUAGGGAUUGUUCAUAUGGUGCUGGAUCUCAAAAGGAAAUUGCCACAUCAGGCAAGAACCUUGGGAAUACAUCUGGGGCCUGACCUUUUACAAAGCUACAACUGUGUUACAGGGAUCAAUUCUGUCUUAUCAUCCACGUCCUGUUGUUCACAAUGAUGGCUGCACGUCUGUCCCUGUGCAGUGAUAGUAUGGAGAUUUAUGAUUAAGUGCACAAAGAGAAAGAAGAAAAGCAGCGGGGCAGUUUUAUCAAUUAAGUGGCUUUAUUGAAUAGGGCCAGAUGAUAAUGUUGACAGUGAUGCACUGACCCAGGCUGUUGAAUGGAGUCAAGGGGGAGGUGGAGGUGUGUCUGUGCAAAUUAAUGCUGUCAGAAUCCAACAACUCAUUGCAAAGGCUUGUCAAGUCUAUAGAAUUUAGUCUGAAAGAAGCAUCUUGCUGUUAUAUUGAUUUUUCUUUUCCUUGACUUCUGAUAUACUCAAAUGGCAACCUCUGCCUCUACCCCUGUCCAUUUGCUAUUCACAGAUGCAGCCAAAUACCUCGUGAAUCUUCUAAUUAACAUUUAAUGAGAAAGAAAAAAAGAGAAAGAUGCUCAUAAUAUACCUCAUAGAAGUCAUUUUAUUUAAUUUGUAUUUUUAUUGUAAAGCCACUUGUGAAGCAUUUAUUUUCACCAAUCACUGUUUUUUUUAUUUUAUAUUGUUGUACCAAAGAAGGGAAUAUUCUAUUGUACACCUACCUCAUUAUUCUGAAUAGCAGAUUGUCAACUCCCAGUUGCAUUAUUAAGAUCUUUGCAGGGUGUUAGGAAGGGAACAAGUUGCCAUUAGCUGGAAUUCUAGCCGCCUGUGAACCAGGUUUAAUGGUGGCUUUUUUUUGCUGUGUACCAAAGAUCAAGCAACACAUUUCACAAACUUCGUUGAACAGUAGCACAGUUCUGAUAAAUAUUACUUAUGUCCAAUAUGUGUUAUUCACUUUGUUUAGGCUUUUUUGCAAUGCUAAUGCUGUAGGACUUUAGAUUCUAAAAUGGCUUACUAGCUGUGUAUGAAAUUUUAUUUUAUUUUUUUCUUCUUGACUAAUCCAGUGCAUUAAGUGAAAGCUGGAUUGUGGUGCUCAGGGUUAUCAAACAAAAAAAAAAGAAAAGAACGUGAUUUUUAUUGCCAUUUGACUUCUAGUACAUUUAGAAAAUGCUGCUUACUUGGAGCACAGGUGAUUUUUCUCUCUGAAUUGAUGUCCAUGGAAUAUGCACAAUUGGAUGGUGAAUUAUUAAACAGUCAGUCAAACAGUUUCUUAAAAUGUUCCAUACAUUUGGAUUUUCUGCCAGUAAGGUAUGUGAUUAUUAAUCAUUUUCAUCAUCAGCAGCACAAUUUUUCUUAACAAUUAAGAAUUUUCUAUCCAUUCAUAGGAAAAAUAUUAUUAGUCAAUUAUUAUUAGGGUUGUCUUACUAUUAGGAAAAUGAAACAAUUGGUCAAUAUCAAUUGAAUCACCCGGGUUACUUUACUCACCCUCCACCCUUUCCCUCCACCCCACCGCUGCCCCACCCAUCUUUCUGAAUGAAUUUACACAUUGCUUCUAUACUAUUCUUACUCAAUAAAAAAACUGUUUUCAAUAAAUCCUGAAACCAUCUUCUGGAUUAGAAUUUUAGAAAGGGAAGAGAUGCUAUAUAAACAAAUACAUUGUCAAGAGUAUGUUUGUGUUAAAAUGGUGUUUUGCUUUGGCAUUGGAGUUAUUCUUUGUAAACCAGUCAGAAAUUAAACUGUAAA